CUUUUUCCAUCCCACAGAAAAAGGCCUUUUCUUGCUUAAGAUAAGCACCAGAGAGUCACACACCCAUGCUGCUAACAACAGCGGCGCCAACCCCGCCGACCUCCAUCACUCAAUAAAACCAUUUUCACAACAUAGACAUAUGGGAAGGUCUCCUUGCUGUGAGAAAGGCCACACCAAGAAAGGAACCUGGACCAAAGAAGAAGACGACCUGCUCAUAUCUUACAUCAAAGCUCACGGGGAGGGCUGUUGGAGAUCCCUCCCAAAAGCCGCCGGCCUUCUCCGCUGUGGCAAGAGUUGCCGCCUCAGAUGGAUUAACUACCUCCGCCCUGACCUCAAGCGAGGUAAUUUCACCAGUGAAGAAGAUGAGGCCAUCAUCAGGCUGCACAGCCUCCUCGGUAACAAGUGGUCGAUUAUAGCAGCAACCUUACCAGGAAGAACAGAUAAUGAGAUAAAGAACCAUUGGAACACCAAUAUAAAGAGGAGGCUAAUGAGCAGUGGUAUCGACCCCUCAACUCAUCGACCCAUAGAUGGAUCAGCAGCUGCAAUACAGAACAACGACACAGAAGGAGAGAAGAACUCAGAAUUAAGUCUAGAGCUGAGGAUAAGCCCUCCUUCUCCCCACUCGCCUAAGCUGCCGCCUAAUGCUGCAGAAAAGAUAGAGCAGAAUCCCCAGCUUCUACCGUAGCCAGAGUAUAGAGAAUGCAUGAAGAAAGGAGAAAAGUUGAAAAUAUAUCUGCCUGUUUUCUGGUUUGUGUAUCUCAUAUCAGCCUGUUUUCUGUCAAAAAGUUGAAUGAAGGUUAUGGAAUGUUUGCCAAUGUAUUAUCAUAUAUGAUCAACGAUUUCCUGGGGAUAGUUUACUAAUGGAUACAAGCUGUCAAGCUGGGAAAGAAAGCGAGGGAGGCAAGGAUGAAGGGGUUGGUGAGCUCUCUCAGUCAUGCAUCAAAGAAGAGAGAGAUGCCAUCAAUGUUUUUUUUUUUUUUUUGGAAAAUAGGUAAUGAAGCCAUCAAUGUUAUAUUGUUAGGAGCAUGGUGCACUACUACUACUACCAACCUACCUACCUACCUACAGUACAGCCAAUUGAAAAUUGAAAUGCAUGUACAAAACACAAUAACACGCUGUACCAUUAUGUCUCUCUCAUAUAACGGUUAGGUAGUAACAUGGGGACAAAAGUCACAAAUAGCUUAAUAACAAUAUCUGUUAUUU